CUCUUUCUCUCUCCCGCAGCAGUGAUAUUUUGGUCGAUCUGUUCAACAUCAAGAAGAUAGUGUAAUAUUAGUUCGUGAAAGAGAAACAUGGAAAAACCUCUAACUCAGAAGCCACUGUUCAUCCAAGAUGAGAAUUCGACCAUCCAACGCAAAAAGGCAGUGGUUCAUGGUAAAUCAAGGAGUUCCAAGCCGAUUUCUGAGAAGGGUGGAGCAGCACUUGAAAGUCGUAGAGCUCUUAACGACAUUACAAAUAAGUCAUUCCUUCAUCCUGAGGCAUCAUUGAAGAAAAAGAAUUCACAAACUAAGAAACAUAAUGUUUUAGAGGAAGGAUCUUUACACAAUCAUGUUAUUGAGGCUGAAGAAUCCUCAAAGACGAAGAGUGUAAACGCGAAUCUUAAUAUCGCAGAAGAGGGGUUUUUGCAUGAUCACAACAAAUGCAUUGAGGCAGAGAAAGCAUCUGUGGAACGUCACUUUUGGGAUAUCGUUCUUCCUGGACAUGAUUCUGCAGGUCCAGUGCCAAGAUUGGCAAAGAUCGAUCCCGAUUUCAGUAGCCUAGCAGAACUAAAGGAAAUAAAUGAAGAUUGGUUGAACUCUUCGUCAUGGUGGAAAUCUCCUCCACGUUCUCCAACGUGUUGGGAUUCUCCACCUGCCUCUCCUUUUGCAUGGGAGCACGAGUCCGUUGAAUUUACUUUGAAGGAAGAAGAUGAUUGUCAUGUAUGAGUGAUCCUCUCUAUUUUUUGUUACUUGGUACAUUAAGCAAACAUGGGUUUUGAAGUCGACUGAGCUAAUUUCAAACCUCAAAGGCAUAUGAUAAGCAUCUAGUACUAUACAAUUCACCACCAAGCUGUAACAACAUUGCAGGAUUGCAUUCUCAGCGACAGUCAAAUGUUGAUUCGCAUCUUCUUGAUGCCUCUAACCAUCUAUAUGCAGAAUUACUUGUAAUGUUAUAAUUGGUCUAGAUUAGAAAGUUUGUUCUUGUUUAUUUGUUUUGGAAUAUCACAGUCAAUUGAUCUCUCACUUUCCUUUCCAUCAAACUAGUAGAUCCUAAACUUAAUAUGCCUUCUUGAUUAUAUGACAUUGAGUUUGAAAUUUGAUGUCUCGUUUCACAGUAGGUUGGUAGUGCUUCAGUGUAAUCAUGAAAAUUGAGGAGACUCUGUUCUUGUUUGAUGUACAAUACUAAGCUCAACUGAAAUCACAAUGCUUAAA